CGUAUUACAUUCUGAUUCGUCGAUCCACAUUGCCCGGUGUCCGGGAAAGAUGGCGUCGGAAGAACAGUGCUCGGUACCACUUCGAUGGCGGUCGAUAUCGCUAACCCACGUAGAGUUCCCUGCUGGGGAUCUGACAGGACAAGUGUUGGCCUACACCAGCCUGCUGCCCAUAGCGAUCCUCGUAGGCUUUGUCACCCUCAUAGUGUUCAAGCGUGAACUGCACACGAUCUCUUUCUUCGGUGGGCUUGUACUGAACGAAGGGGUGAAUUGGCUGCUGAAGCAUAUUCUACGGGAGCCCCGCCCAUGUGAAGGAGCUCACACAACCCUGACUACGGAAUAUGGGAUGCCCUCCAGUCAUUCCCAGUUCAUCUGGUUUUUUGUUGUUUACUUCUUUCUUUUCCUUUAUUUAAGAAUGCAUCAAACGAACAACGCUCGGUGUGUGGAGCUGCUGUGGAGACACAUACUGUCCAUCACCUUGUUGGGCGUGGCCUUAUCAGUGUCAUACAGCAGGGUAUACCUGUUGUACCACACUUGGAGUCAGGUCUUCUAUGGGGGAGUGGCCGGUAGCACCAUAGGAGUAGUCUGGUUCUUCUUCACACAGGAGGUGCUGACACCGCUAUUCCCCAAGAUGGCAGCAUGGCCGAUAUCAGAGUUCUUUCUGGUGCGGGACACGAGCCUGAUCCCCAACAUCCUGUGGUUCGAGUACACGGUGACCAGGUCAGAGGCGAGAAACAGACAACGGAAGCUUGGAACAAAACUUCAGUGAUCUCAGCAGUUCCUUGGGGAAACUGAGUGAAGGAACAGACAGACACACACACACACAUACAGACAUUCAAACCAUAAAGAAACACACUGGAGAAUCAAUCAUCUUCUGGACUGACCUGGGUGCAAUGGAAAAAGGCCAUCCAUUUACAGGUGGACCUAAAGAGUGUCUGGACUCUGCCUGGAGUCUACAGCCUGAGCAAGUCCGUCCACAUGCCUCCUUGUAUAGCUUGCCCAAAUGCUCCCCCAAUGCAUGCAAGACUGUGCAAGAGGCAUACUAUUUAAUGAUAAAUUAAUAUAUAUUUUAACUGUAAACGCACGCGCGCAGAUAGUAACCAUAUACUGUAAGAAAAAUAUUUUCAGAAAAGCCAAGAAAGAGGGCUCUGUCAAGUAACAAAUAUUGGCUGGUGUUAAAACAGCAUGAAAUUAGUGAUUUAUUUUUAUAUUGCAGAAUUUUAGGGGUAAACAAGUUAACCGCUUUUUUUUUUUGGCUCUUAUAUUACAAAAAAGAACCAUUUUUUAAAAACUUGUGUAAAACGUAAUGUAAACAAAUUUGCACUCUGAAAAUUUAAGAAAAAGGUGGGGAAAAAACGUUUAACACUAGUUACAUGUGAAAGACCCCCCUGUUCCCCCCUCUGAUACCGCUUUCCUCUCUGUAUGACUGCCAACCCUAUGUAUUUGGUUCCAAAAUUGACUUGCAGGCGUUUAAGCGCUCACAUAAUGUACAAGCCGAGGCUAGUUUACUUUCUGCACAGCACCAAGUUCUGGAUUUAUGUUUGUUUGAGAUGAUACAUAAGCAGAGAAAUGAGCGCCACAACACAAGGGGAAGUGCUGUGUUUCUGCGCCUCUUCCUCACACAGUGAGCAAAGGAGUGUUUUAUCAAACCCUUUCUCCCUGCAUGUCUGACACCCAAGGAGCAGAAACCUAGGAUUUGUAGUUUUUUAAAAUUUAUUUUCCAUUUUUGUUGCGGUUCUAGAGAACAUGAAAUGGUGGAUUACCACUUGUCUGUCUUAACUUUCUUUUCACCUGCCUUUCCAAAACAUUCCAUAUCUUUUGGUGGAAAAACAAACGAUAUGACUGCUGAGGGAAAAAUGUUUGUUUUGUUUUUAAAAGGAAACCUCAGGUCAAUCGUAGCAUGUGAUAAUGCUGUGUUCCUCUCGUAAAUGCAACAACUGAUGUUUGAGGCUGUCUGGUGAGGGUCAAACGCUGGUUUGGAAAUGUCAUUAACUCCAUAAAGGGAAGUAGUUCUCUUAGAUUAUAAUUUUUUCCAUCUAGUGUAACCCAUAUCAGGCUGAAUAAAGACAUGAUGUGUUUAUGUAUAAA